AUGGCCUAUGAGCUACAGAAUUGCCCAGAUCCACCUGCGUUCCAGAACGGGUUCAUGAUCAACUCAGAUUACAGCGUGGGCCAGUCCAUCUCCUUUGAGUGCUACCCGGGGUACAUCUUGGUAGGUCAGCCUGUGCUCACCUGCCAGCACGGCACGGACCGGAACUGGAACCACCCUUUUCCACAGUGUGACGCUCCCUGUGGGUAUAAUGUGACAUCCCAGAACGGCACCAUUUAUUCCCCUGGGUUUCCAGACGAGUACCCAAUUCUGAAGGACUGCCUUUGGCUGAUCACCGUCCCUCCAGGCCAUGGAGUGUACAUCAACUUCACCUUGCUGCAGACAGAGGCUGUGAACGACUACAUCGCUGUCUGGGAUGGUCCUGACCAGAAUUCGCCUCAGCUUGGGGUCUUCAGUGGAAACACAGCCCUGGAAACCGCCUACAGCUCGACCAACCAGGUCCUGCUCAAGUUCCACAGCGAUUUUUCCAAUGGAGGCUUCUUUGUUCUUAAUUUUCACGCAUUUCAGCUGAAGAGGUGUCCACCUCCCCCAAUGGUGCCGCAAGCUGACCUGCUUACCGAGGACGAGGACUUUGAAAUAGGGGACUUUGUGAAAUACCAGUGCCAUCCUGGGUAUACGCUGUUGGGGAGCGACACACUGACGUGCAAGCUCAGCUCCCAGUUGCAGUUCGAAGGCUCUCCACCCACCUGUGAAGCACAAUGCCCAGCAAAUGAAGUCCGGACAGAGUCUUCUGGAGUUAUCCUCAGUCCAGGGUAUCCAGGCAACUAUUUCAACUCACAGACCUGCUCUUGGAGCAUCAAAGUGGAUCCAAACUUUAACAUCACUCUCUUUGUGGACACAUUUCAAAGUGAAAAGCAAUUUGAUGCACUUGAAGUAUUUGAUGGUUCUUCUGGGCAAAGUCCUCUGUUAGUGGUCUUGAGUGGGAACCACACUGAGCAAUCCAACUUCACCAGCAGAAGUAACCAGCUCUACCUCCGCUGGUCUACUGACCAUGCAACCAGCAAGAAAGGCUUCAAGAUUCGCUAUGCAGCCCCUUACUGCAGCCUGACCUCCACUUUGAAGAAUGGCGGCAUUUUAAACAGGACCACAGGGGCAGUGGGGAGCAAGGUGCAUUACUUUUGCAAGCCUGGAUACCGAAUGAUUGGCCACAGCAAUGCCACCUGCAGGCGGAACCCAGUGGGCGUGUACCAAUGGGACUCCAUGGCACCACUCUGCCAGGCUGUGUCCUGUGGAAUUCCAGAGGCCCCAGGAAACGGCUCAUUCACGGGUAAUGAGUUCACCUUGGACAGUAAGGUGACAUAUGGAUGCAGGGAGGGCUUCAAGCUGGAGACCAGUCAGCAGGCCACAGCCGUGUGCCAGGAGGAUGGGCUGUGGAGUAACCGAGGGAAGCCACCCACUUGCAGACCUGUGCGCUGCCCCAGCAUUGAAGGCCAGCUGUCGGAUCACGUGCUCUGGAGGCUGGUUUCGGGGUCCCUGAAUGAGUAUGGAGCUCAAGUUCUGCUCAGCUGCAGCCCUGGCUUUUUCUUAGAGGGCCAGAGGCUCCUGCAGUGCCAAGCCAAUGGGACCUGGAGCACAGGAGAAGACAGACCAAGCUGUAAAGUCAUCUCCUGUGGAAGCCUGUCUUUUCCUCCGAAUGGCAACAAGAUAGGGACACUCACUGUGUUCGGAGCCACCGCCAUCUUCACCUGCAACACCGGGUACACUCUCGUGGGUUCCCACGUCCGUGAGUGCUUGGCCAAUGGCCUCUGGAGUGGACCAGAAACUAGGUGUCUGGCGGGCCACUGUGGCUCCCCAGACCCCAUCGUGAACGGCCACAUCAGCGGUGACGGCUUCAGCUACAGGGACACGGUGGUCUACCAGUGCAACCCCGGAUUCCGGCUCGUUGGUACCUCCGUGAGGAUUUGCCUGCAGGACCACAAGUGGUCUGGGCAGACGCCCGUCUGUGUUCCUAUCACGUGUGGUCACCCUGGAAACCCCGCCCACGGACUCACCAACGGCAGCGAGUUCAACCUGAACGACUUGGUGAAUUUCACUUGCCACACAGGUUACCUGCUGCAGGGUGCCUCUCGGGCCCAGUGUCGGAGCAACGGUCAGUGGAGCAGCCCCUUGCCCACCUGUCGAGUGGUGAACUGUUCAGAUCCAGGCUUUGUGGAAAACGCUGUUCGCCAUGGGCAGCAAAACUUUCCAGAGAGUUUCAAGUAUGGAAUGAGUGUGAUGUAUCACUGCAAGAAAGGAUUCUACCUGCUGGGAUCUUCUGCCUUGACCUGCACGGCGAAUGGCUUGUGGGAUCGCUCGUUACCCAAGUGUCUGGCCAUAUCAUGUGGCCACCCUGGUGUCCCUGCAAAUGCUGUCCUAACUGGAGACCUGUUUACAUAUGGCGCCACAGUUCAUUACUCCUGCAAAGGGAGCCAGAGCCUCAUGGGCAACAGCACCAGAGUCUGCCAAGAAGACAGUCACUGGAGCGGAGCCCUUCCGCACUGCUCAGGAAAUAGUCCUGGAUUUUGUGGUGAUCCAGGGACACCAGCACAUGGGUCUCGGCUUGGGGAUGAAUUUAAGACAAAGAGUCUUUUGCGUUUCUCUUGUGAAAUGGGCCACCAGCUGCGGGGCUCUGCAGAGCGGACUUGCCUGACAAAUGGAUCCUGGUCAGGAGUGCAGCCGGUGUGUGAGGCCGUGUCCUGUGGGAACCCUGGCACCCCCACCAAUGGGAUGAUCCUCAGCAGCGACGGCAUCCUCUUCUCCAGCUCCGUCAUCUACGCCUGUUGGGAAGGCUACAAGACCUCAGGGCUCACCACACGGCAUUGUACAGCCAAUGGGACCUGGACAGGCACAGCGCCCGACUGCACCAUCAUAAGUUGUGGGGAUCCCGGCACACCGCCCAACGGCAUCCAGUUUGGGACAGAUUUCACCUUCAACAAGACAGUGAGCUAUCAGUGCAACCCUGGCUUCCUGAUGGAGUCCUUGGCGUCACCCACCAUCCGCUGCACCAAAGAUGGCACGUGGAACCAGAGCAGGCCGGUCUGCAAAGCUGUCCUGUGCAAUCAGCCUCCUCCGGUGUCAAACGGGAAGGUGGAGGGAUCAGACUUCCGCUGGGGCUCCAGCAUAAGCUACAGCUGUGUGGACGGCUACCAGCUGUCGCACUCAGCCAUCCUGUCCUGCGAAGGCCGUGGGGUGUGGAAAGGAGAGGUCCCACAGUGUCUGCCUGUGUUCUGCGGUGAUCCUGGCACUCCUGCUGAGGGAAGACUCAGUGGGAAAAGCUUCACCUAUAAGUCUGAAGUCUUCUUCCAGUGCAAACCCCCGUUUGUACUAGUUGGGUCCUCCAGAAGAACCUGCCAGAUGGACGGCACAUGGAGUGGCAUCCAGCCCACCUGCAUAGAUCCAGCACACAAUGCCUGCCCUGACCCAGGCACACCCCACUUUGGAAUACAGAACAGCUCCAGAGGCUAUGAGGUCGGAAGUAUGGUGUUCUUCAGGUGUAGGAAGGGCUACCACAUCCAAGGCUCCACCACAAGGACCUGCCUUGCAAACCUCACAUGGAGUGGUAUACAGACAGAGUGCAUACCUCAUGCCUGCCGACAGCCGGAGACCCCAGCCCAUGCAGAUGUGAGAGCCAUUGAUCUUCCAGCCUUUGGCUAUACCUUAGUCUAUACCUGCCACCCAGGAUUUUUCCUUGCCAGUGGAUCUGAACACAGAACGUGUAAAGCAGAUAUGAAAUGGACAGGGAAGUCACCUGUUUGUAAAAGUAAAGGAGUGAGAGAAGUUAAUGACACAGUUACUAAAACUCCAGUUCCUUCUGAUGUGUUUUUCGUCAAUUCCGUGUGGAAGGGAUAUUAUGAAUAUUUAGGAAAAAGACAGCCAGCGACUCUCACCGUUGAUUGGUUCAACGCGACGUGCAGCAAGGUGAACGCGACCUUCACUGCAGCCUCCCAAGUGCAGAUAGAGCUGACAGGAGUCUACAAGAAAGAGGAGGCCCACCUACUUUUGAAAGCUUUUCAUAUCAAAGGCCCAGCAGAUAUUUUUGUAAGCAAGUUCGAAAAUGACAACUGGGGACUGGAUGGUUAUGUGUCCUCAGGACUUGAGAGGGGAGGGUUCUCCUUUCAAGGUGGCGUACAUGGAAAAGACUUUGGGAAGUUCAAGCUGGAAAGACAAGAUCCUUCAGUCUCUGAUCCAGAUCCUUCGAACCAUUACCAGGGCACCAGCAGCGGCUCUGUGGCGGCCGCCAUCUUGGUUCCUUUCUUCGCCCUCAUUCUGUCAGGUUUUGCAUUUUACCUCUACAAACACAGAACAAGACCAAAAGUUCAGUACAAUGGCUAUGCUGGGCACGAGACUAGCAAUGGACAAGCUUCCUUUGAAAACCCCAUGUAUGAUACAAACUUAAAGCCCACAGAGGCCAAGGCUGUGCGGUUUGACACGACUCUGAACACAGUGUGUACAGUGGUAUAGCCCUCAGUGCCCCAUAGGACCGAUCCAUAGCCAUACCUCUGACGGACAAGCAGUAAUCCUUCGGUGCCAUAUACCACCCCCUCUCCCCUUGCCUUGCUGCAGCAACCUCGACCAUCGUCUGCUGGCAUAACGCAGCGGGAAAUUCUCAGUCGUGGCCAAGACUUCUGAGGAUCAAAUUGCAAAAGCAUCUUCAUCUGAAAAAUGGAUUCAAAAGCCUGGCUGCAUCCGCUGGAAAGCGAGACCCUACGAGAAGUCCGCAGAGUCCGCAGACACGUGGUACUCAACGCCUCAGACUUUUGUGUCUCCGUGAGGCUGGAUGCCUUCGAUGUAGUCUUCUGAGCACAUGGAUGUGUCUUUCUGGUGCGGUGACAAAAUGGUAACAACUUAAUAUGUGUUCUUUUCUGUUUUUUUAAUUCCUUUACUUUUUAACCCCCCUGGACUUGAAUAUUCUACAAAGGAAAAGCCUUCCUGAAGAAAUCUUCUGGAAAAUGCACACUCCUUACGUACACUGGCUUCACUCUGCCCUGCCUGAGACACGACAAAGUCCGAGGACCUCUGGGCUCCUCUGAGCACCCAUCACUAGGGAUGUUUGCGUAUCUCGAGGUCGGCUGUUCCGUUGCAGAUUUUAUGAUGUACAACAUUUUGCACUAGUAUGUUACAACCGACUAAGAGUCUGAUUUAAAAAAUAAACUAUUUACACAGGGUUUAUAGACACGCUCCAUUGUACAUAAGCAUUUUUUCAUAUUGUAUCGUCAAGCUAAACAUCCCACAUCAGUUGGGUUGGAAUGAGGUAAAGAAUCCUGAUACGGCAUAGAUUUUUAAAAGGGAAUAGAGUAUUGGUUUUUUUUAGCUACAUUUAUGUGUUGAAUUCAUUGUAGAUGUCCAAUGCUUAAAAGGAGGCCUUUUAUUUCCUAUGUUUUCUCCCCGUAUUAGUCAUGUCUAUUCCACUCUAAUCAAUAGCAGGGAUUUCUAGCAAUUUCUAUUUUCCAUGUACAGAUGUGAAUAGUAAUUUAUUUUAGGUAGCUCAUGAAGGUGUGAGUCUCAGCUCACAGCACAGUCUUCCCUUCCGCAUCGUUAUCUACUUGGCUCUGUCACAUCACCCUCUGAUUGAUACUACAUUGAAAGACUCAGAGGAAGCUGUUUAUAAUCAGAAGGGCAGGCCUUUCCUGGGAAGGAGGGAUCCUGCAUAUCUUCAUGAUGAUCUGCUUUACGGAUUAAUCGCCUUUCUUUUCAUGCUUUAAAGUUCCUUGCAGAAAAAUCAUUGCAGUGAUUUUCAAGUCCAAAAUUCCUUAUUGAUAGACUAUCCAUUACAGUAUAAAUAAGAUAGGUCACGAGCUCCGACAAGGAUGAAAUUAACAGCCUGGAGGGAAGAAGGGACAUGUCUGUAAGAGUCAAAGUGAAGAUCAUGUUUAUUUUUGUUUAUAUUUGUUUGAUAAAAGUAUUUUUGGAAAGAUAAUGCUUAUUUUAUUAUUUGAUGUUUCAUACAUAGUCCACAUGGUGAGAACUACCCCUUUGCAUAGCCCAGAUUAACAGAUGUCAGGGUGCCACGCUGGCCUUCUGUUUGCUGUCUGACCACAGUCACCCCUAGCUUUGAGACAGAAGCAUCUGUCUGCUUGAUGUUUUGAUGCAGGACUUCCCCGUGAGCAGCUGAAAGGAGCCUUGAGCUAACAGCUCACUACUUUGGAAGUCUGUGUUCUGAGGGCUCCUCAGACCUCACCAGGCCCCUCUAGUCUGCUCUCCUGCUGGGUCGCCUUGUCUCUUCCAGCAGCGCCCUGCUCCUGGGGUUCCAUACUUCUGGAUUCCACAUCCUGGCACAGGAUUCUCUGGCCAAGCUGACAUGCUUGGUGUUUCUCUGUGCCACAGGGGUCCUUCCAGGGCUCCCUGGUAAAUGCAGAUGAGGCCACAGGGGUGUGCCUAUGACCAGACAUUGAAGCCAAAACAAAACAGAAAAUGUCAGAGGGUCCAAGGGUCAUAGUGUACAAGGGAGAACAGGGUCACUAUAUAUAUAUAUAUAUAUUUUUGGUGUAUGUAGAUACAUAUGUAUAUAUAUAUAUAUAGUACAUAUCUGAGUUUGAGUCACUCAGACUAGGUACAAAAUGCUGACUUAGACUCUGAACAAACAACUCUGUCCCCACAUCCCUGACCUUUUGCUGGUCAGUGAUGUUAGGAAGUCUUGACUCAACAGGGCAUACACACGUGCAGGGAGCUGCAUAGCAGAACAGUGUCACUGUCCUUUGUGUGCAAACUGACGUGCAGCCACCAGACUGAUGCAUGGUGUUUAAAGCCAAUGAACAAACACUGAGUGGCUCUUUCAGAUGAGAGUCCAGACCCAUUCCUUCCUAGGGUGUGUUGGUGUGUUGGGGUAUGUGUGUGUGUGUGUGUGUGUGUGUGUGUGUGUGUGUGUGUAUUUUAUCGAGUCUCAGAGGCAUCGAGGGCAGUCAGGAACACAUUGCUCAGUCAGAUCUGGAAGACUCUUUCCCAAAGCCCCAGAGCACAGUGAGGGACCACGCUGUGUAGGACAGGUUGUGUGCUUCUAAGCUGUUUAGACUGCUGUAGUCUCACCCAUCUUGCCUUCAGGCUAGCUGCAAUAAUUUUUUUCUUCUGUAAAAUAUUUUGUAAACACCGACACCACCAACACAAAGCUAUUCUAAAAAGGGGGAAAGAAACCUGGCAUUCUGAUCAGGAAAACUACUGUCAUCGCUGCCCGCCCUCCUGACCCUCCUCAUGCUGCUGUCACAACGUAGGUGCAGAAGACCUUUUUGUACAGAGAUAUAUUUUUUAUGAAGAAUUUGUAAAAUUAUUAAAUAUGCUGUAAUUUUUUGAUUAAUGUAGGUAAAUUGUUAAAAAAUAAAUGUUUUUACAAUAUAAAACUGUAAUUUUCCUGAUAAUGUAAAAUGUACCCUUCUCUAGCUGAUUUUCAGUUCCAAUCCCCUUCAACAUGUAUUAAUAUUAAAGUGGCCUGUUAAAAUGAACAGUAUCUUUUUUGUCAAAAAAGUUAUAGAGUGUAACAUAGCCUGUGCAACGCCACCUAUCUUUAA